AUGAGCGGUGAGAAGAAACGACAUCGAUGGAAAUUUAGUCCAGUAUUAAUUGAAGAAAAUAUAACAAUCGAUUCAAAAUCUAUAACAACAACAACAAGAACUGAAGAAGAAAAACAUACGGAAAAUACAAUAUGUAAAUGGUAUAAUAAUGAUGAUGAUGAUGAUGAUGACGAUGACGAUGAUGAUGAUGAAAAUAAUCGAACUAAAACUCAAAAAACCAUAUCAGAAAAGAUCGAACGAGUUCUACGUAAAAUAAAUGCUUGGACAAAUGAGACAACAGCGGCGUCAACAAAUACUAAUGACAAUAAUAUACAAAGAGAACCAGUACAAGAUACAUCUUUCAACAAAACAAAUCUAUCAACGUAUGAUUGUAUCCGUCAGAAACAAGAAUAUAAAGCUCGUUGGAAAAAGCCAACAUCAAAUACAUUAUUUAAUACAUUGCGACAACGAUGUUCUUCAUCAACAUUUGUUGAUCCAAAUCUAAUCAAAAAUCAGCAUAUAUCAGUACAUAGACCAUAUUCAAUGAUAUUUACUAAUGAACCAUUAUCAUCUAUGACGCCUAAAUCAACUAUUUUAAAUACUGAUAAUCAGAAUUAUUUAUAUGAAGAUUUAGAUAGAAAGAAAAAAAUGCCCGAUACCAAAGUUCAGUUUUCUUCAUUUCGUCAUAAAAAAUCAUCUGAUAAACAUCCGGUUUUGAUUAAUUUACUUGAUAAUAACAAAACUCAACGUCGAUCUUUAUUUUCUCCAUAUACUACCAAUUUAGCACCUUUAUCAUCAAUGUAUGGUUCGGAUUUUUUUUAUCCAUCAACAACAACAACCAAACAUGAAGAAGAAGACGAACAACAACAACAACAACAACAGCAACAACAACAACAUGAAUACGAUAAUUUAACCUUUAUACAAAAUUCAUCUCAUCAUAAUUAUGAUCCAUUUCCAAUUCUAGUUGAUUGUCAACAUUGUAAUCGAUCAUCUUUUCGUGAUAUAUCAUGUCAAGUACCAUCAGAUGAUGAUGAUGAUGAUGAAAAGAAUAUCUAUCAAGAUGUUCAAAUUGAACAACGUAAAACAAAACGAUCAUCACCAUUGUAUAUAUCACCAACAUCAACACCACCAUUAUGUCAACCACCAAUGGCAAUUAAUUUAUUAGCACCAUAUCAUUUUCGACGAAAACGUUCAUUAUCAUCAUAUAUUGAUUUACAUAAUCGUUCAAAAUCAGCACCAUCAGCUUCUUUAUCAACAAUAUCAUCAAAAUCAAAUCGUAUAAAACAUUUAUCUGAGAAAAAAAAUUCUAAAAAUUUACAAACAUCACAUUCCCCUUUACAGACGGUUACAACUGUACCGUCUUUAGUACCUGAAUCAGCUCCUGUUACAUCAACACCAUCGACUACAGCCCUUCUUCGUUCUAUAAAAACAUCAAUAUAUGCUAUGAAAAAACGUCUCAAAGAUAUUCGUCGUUUGUCCGAGGAUUCGAACGUAACAACUGUAUUAGACGAUUAUACUGCACGUAGUUCACAAGAAUUAACUGUAAGUAAAGGACAACACGUUCGUGUCGUACAACGACAACCACCACAUGCACCUGAUUGGUGUCUUAUACGUGUAUUAAACGAUCAACAUAAUCCAUCGAGUUCAUCAUCACUUGCUACAUCAUCAACAACAAUUGCAACUGGUUCAAUUGAUUUACCAUCACCACCACCAUCAACAUCUUCAAAAUAUAUUGAAGGACUUGUACCAGCAGCUAUACUUAAAUCAACUAAAUCAUCAUCAUCAAACAUUCAUUCAUUACCACCAUUAGCUCUUUCAACAAAUACGAAUAAAACUGAACAAGAUUCUAUAUUAAAUAAUACAGACGAUUCUCAAUCAAGACAACAACAACAAUCACCAGCUGUUCAUUUUAGUAAACGUAAAGCUAGUUUUAGGCGAAUUCUUAAAAAUCCUGUUCGACGUCUUAGCUUAAAAGAUAAUAAUAGUAGUAAAGAUGGUAAAACUCCAACACCACGUGAAUUAGUAACAACAUCAGCAACUAUUAUAUCAACGGAUAGUGGUGAUGGUAUAUCGAAUAAUAAUAAUAAUAAAAAACAAGCCAUAUCAUCGAAUUCCACAACAUCAUCAAAAAUCAAAGCAUUUACAUUUACAAACUCCGAAGAUUUGACGUUGUUUCCUGAUGAUACGAAUUCAUCAAAUAAAUUAAUGGAUGGUAGUGCUGGUAUGAAUGGUAUUUUUAAAAUGACUGAAUCAUCAUCAUCAUCACCACCAUCAAGUGUAACAACAAUUAUAUCUCCAUCGACUACAUUAGCUGGUGAUGAUUUAGAAAAUGAUGUUAUUGAAGUACCACCACCCAUGGAUAUUCAAGUUCAACCAAAAUUAUCUGCUGAUACAAAUAUUGAUAAAGUUACUACUGACGAACCUUCAUCACUCGUAAGUUAUAUAACCAAUAGUCCAAAUGUAUCAUCGCGUUUACGUAAAGUACGCGCACCACCAUUAACAUCUGUUAGUCCAAUCGAAGAUAAUUCGGUUAUUGCUCGACUUGUUCAACAUAUUGCACCUAUUAGUAUUGUUGCCGGACUUCCAGUAAGUGAUUUUCAUAUUCCGACUGCCUUGUCAGUGACGACACCGUCCGUCAAUGAUGUAUCGACAACGAAUAGUUCGAUGCCAUCGUCAAGUAUUCUACAACAAUAUUCAUCAUCAUCUCUAUCAUCAUCUCCAUCAACAAUAAUAACAACUAAUAAUAAUUCAUUAUUAUCUUCAUCAACAUCAACUGUGAUUCCAAAUGAUAAUCUUAAUGAACAAACCGAUGAAAUAUCUUUACAUGAUAUUGAUACAAGUAUUGAUCAAUCAUUAACACUACAAAGUACAACAACAACAACAAAUGAUGAACAUGUUGAUGAUCGAACAAAAUAUGGUGAAAAACGAAGACAUAAUAUUAUUGAAUUAAUUGAAACAGAAAAAGAAUACGUCAAAGAUUUGGCAUUGAUUGUUGAAGGUUAUAUGAAUGUUCUUGAAAAUGAUAAAGAAAUUAAAAAACCAACAGGUCUUGUUGGUCUUGAACGUGUUGUUUUUGGUAAUGUACAAAGAAUUUAUGAAUUUCAUCGAGAUACAUUCUUACCACAACUUGAACAAUGUAUUGAAAAUCCUGAUAUACUCGGUCGAUUAUUUACCACAAAUCGAUUUAGUCCUUAUGUAAGAUAUUGUGAAAAUAAACCACGUUCAGAAUAUAUUGUUUCGGAAUAUCAUGAUUAUUUUGAAGAAAUUCGUAAAAAACUCGGUCAAAAAUUACUUGUAUCAGAUCUAUUAAUAAAACCAGUACAACGAAUAAUGCGUUAUCAAUUAUUACUUAAAGAAAUUCUUAAAUCAACAGAUCGUAUGGGUGAUGAAUCACGUGCAAUACGUAGUGCUUUACAAGUUAUGAUUGAAGUACCACGUUUAGCUAAUGAUAUGAUGAAUGUUGGUCGUAUAAAAGAUUUACCAACUAAUGUACAUCAAUUAGGUGAACUUAAAUUACAAGAUAUGUUAUCUGUUAGUGAACCAAUAACAAAAGAAACAAAAGAUAUAAAAGAAAUUGAAAAAAAAUUAAAAGAACGACGAGUUUUUUUAUUUCAACAAGCUAUGGUUGUUUCUGAAGAAAUACCAGCUAAAGAUAAAUAUUCAAGUCCAAAUUAUAUUUAUAAAUAUGAUUUAAAAAUUAAUAAAUUACAACAUAAAGAAUUUAAACGUAAUAAAGAAUUAUUUCAAUUUAUAUUAGUCGAAGUUGAUGCUGGUAAUACACGUCGAGUUAUAUGUCAAUGUAAAGAUGAUGAACAAUAUGAAUUAUGGGUUACUAAUGUAGAGAAAGUGCUUCAACGUCAGAUGGAUCUUAUCAUAGCUCUAACUAAUCCAACAGCUGCUCUACAAAAAGAGUUAUUGACAUGGGAAUUACCCGAAUGGCGACAAUCAGGUCGACGACAUUUUACCACUAGUGCUCAUACCUUUGUUUCAUCGCAUUCCAAUAUGCAAGACUCGUCCAUGUCUUUAUUUAUACCAAGUCUAGUAACACCAAUAUCUCGAAAUCAAAUUAAAAAAUCUAUGUCUGAUCGUUCAACUAAAUCUCCUGAAUCCUUAUCACCAACACAUCAUUUAUCAACAUCACCUAAAUUAACUAAUUCAUUAAUAUCACCAUCACGAACAUUAUCUAAUUCUGAUACAUCAACAGUAGAAAAUACAAAUAAAAAAUCAACAUUUAAUUUAUUUGAUUCAAUAUUACAACGUUCAGUAACAAAACCUUUAACAAUAAAUACUUCAACACAUCAUGAUAUAACACAACAAAAAAAAUUAACAACACAAUCAUCAUCAUCAUCAACAACAUCAAAUACACAAUUACCUGAACAAGCACGUUGUUUACAUAGUUAUAAUGCAAUAAAAGAAGAUGAAAUAUGUGUUCAUAAAGGUGAAUAUGUACAAAUUGUUGCUGCUAAUCAAGAUAAUCGAUGGUUUGUUCAUCGUGAUGCUAAUCGAACAUCACCAGCAGCUGAAGGUUGGAUACCAGGUUUUGUUCUUGGACUUAAAAAUCCUAAUUCAAUUAUACAUCAUAAUAUAUCUCCAUCACCACCACCACCGUCAUCAUCAUCAUCAUCUUCUCAACAUCAACAACCGACAUCAUCAUUAUCAGCUAAUAGUCUUCAUCGUUUAACAACAACAACAUCGACAACUCAUCAUCCAACAAUUACUUAUGAAUCAACUUUACCUCCUAAACCUCAAACGAGUACUUGCGACAAGCGUCUUAGUGGUGUUUUACGUUAUUGUGGACCUGAAUUGAAUAUAUCUACGCAUGAACGAAAUAUUUUUCUUGGUCAAUCUUUAAUUCUUCAAGGUCAUGUUAUUGGUAAUCCACGACCAGCUAUUGUUUGGCAACAUCCACAUGGUCAUACAUUAGUUGAUGAUAGUGCAAAUAUACAUACACAUUAUGGAGAUGAUGGAACGAUUCAUUUACAAAUUCGUUGUGUAUCUAUGCAAGAUGCCGGUAUAUAUGAAUGUAUAGCUACAAGUACUCAAGGUACUGUUUCACAACAAAUUCCUGUUCAAUCUCAUCGAAGUAUGUUUGAGUCUAAUAUAAUUCUUUUAGAUUCAAAUGACCAUCAUAAACUUGAACAAAUUCGUUGGUCAUCAAGAUAUCGACCAAAUGAAUAUCGUGAAGUGAAUGAAAUAGCUCGAGGACGUCAUUCAAUUGUUCGUCAAUGUAUUCAUAUAUCAACCGGUGAUGUGUGUGCUGUAAAAUUAAUAUCAAAAAAACUUAUUUCACAUGAACGUGCUUUACAUGAAUAUGCUCUUGUUUCAUCUAUACGUCAUGAUUCAAUUAUUCGAGUAUUUCAUUUUAUUGAAACAAAUUCAUUUUCAAUAAUUAUUUCCGAAUUAAUAUCCGGUGGACGUUUAUUUGAUUACCUUUGUUUACAAUCAAUAAUAAUUGAACAUAACAUAGCAAAAUAUAUGCGACAAUUAUUAGAUGGAUUAAAUUAUUUACAUAAUUGUAAAAUUGUUCAUUUAGAUAUACAACCAGAAAAUCUUCUUAUUAAUAUUGAAUAUGAUCAAAUAAAAUUAUGUGAUUUUGGUGAUUCAAUACGUUUAUCAAAUAUGAAAUAUAUUCAUCGUAUGAGUGGAAAUAUUGAAUUUGCUGCACCAGAAUUAAUUAAUGGAAAUAUUCCUGUUCAUUAUAAAACAGAUAUCUGGUCGUUCGGUGUUAUUUUAUAUACAUUAUUAUCAGGUCUUUCACCAUUUCUUGAUGAAACUGAUGAACAAACAUGUGCAAAUAUAAUAAAUAUUGAUUAUAAUUUUCCUGAAAGUCAAUUUCCAUAUGCAUUUCAAUCAGCAAAAGAACUAAUUCAAACGAUUUUUGUUCGUGAACCAAGUAAUCGUCCAUCAGCAAGUGAAUGUUUAGUGAAUGAAUGGUUUCAUCAUGCUGGUCAAUAUCAAAUAUCAACAACUAAUUUAAAUAAUUUUAUUGAACGAAGAAAAAUUUUAAGUGAAAAAUCUUAG